AUGAUUGGCGUCGGGGUCAUGGCCUACGCCGGUGCUGGCCUCUUUCUCUCCGAUAAAGCAGAGGAGAAGUUCGGCCUCACACCUACCGAGAAGGACAUGGCCGACCUACGCGAAUCGCUGCCCAAAAUCUCCACGGUCGACAGGAAGGAGCGAUGA